CGUCUAUGUGACUAAAUAACAAACACAGUAGGACACUUUGUGAAAAGUACAAAUAUGGACAUAGAAAGCGAAGACGUUGACGAAGACGGCAUGAUUCAUGAGAACGACUUUGACUCGGACAACUCACUUCCGCAAGCUGCACUAGUGGAGGAAUAUCCAACAUCAAACCCAUAUAGUACAGUCCCAAUGUACCUUGAGCCUUUGAACACAGACGAGAUAGAAAGAAUACCAAGUCCUGAAAUUCCUAAUUCCUCGGAAAUUAGCCACCAGCCGGUCCGUCACCCAACGGAUGGUCAGAUAUUUCAAGUAAACCAACAAACAGCGGAGACGUAUGAUAGACCUACAUAUGAAGGAGCUACCAAUGACCGUUAUGAACAGUCUCAGCCUGCAUCUGCUGACGCAUUAGGAGUUUCACUCUGCUACAAGUCAGUUGGCAUCCAGGAAAGUAGGGCGGGCGGAGACAUUGAUAACCCGACACAAGCUGGAAUCAACGAGACCAAUGGCGCAGGACCUGACUUCGACCAACGGAAGUGUUCGCACUGCCAACAGCGGAACUACCAAGCCAUGCAAGAGCCAUGUCGUCACCGUGUAUGUGCGAACUGCUGUGUGAUAUUCAUCUUUAAGCCGUGUAACGUAUGUGGUCAAAUUGUUAAAAACAUUUUGGCCAUGGAUCCAACAGAGUGACAAAGAUAAUUAAACAAAAAUAUUAGCAACAUGCAUUUCUAAUGAAACAAAAUGAACAAAGCUAUUCAUGUUAUGUUUGCAUUGUCUUUAAUAUCCUCUUAGUCUUACCCUUAUUAGUUUUUAAUACAGUUAUAUUAAAACUAUUUUCUACAUAUUUAUUAUGUUGGUGGCCAUGACACUGCCACGAAAAGAUUCCCCUUUUGAAAACAUAACAAUAUUUUGGUUUGAAUAUCUCUGCCAAAUUAUAAUAUGAGGCUGAAAUAUUCUAAAGUAAUUGUUAACUACAGUAUUCAACAUUAAACAUUUUAUAUCAAAUGCAUAACCUGUUUUAGAAAAAAUAAUUGCAUUCAGUUUUUGCGUUUCAAUAGAAAGACGUCAAAAGUGCUUCAAAUAUGCUUGCAGUCAAUGUCAGAAAAGACAUAGAUGGAACAUUUUUAAGACUGUCCAUUUUUUUCAUUAUAAUUCAAUUUUAGCUAUAAAUUCAAAUUGUCAAUGUUAUAAAUUGUGUAAGAUGGAAAAUUGAUCGGUGAAAGGGAGGCAAUCCAUUGAUUUACAUUGCGCAGUUGGGGAAGUGUUAUCAACCUUAAUGGAAAGUAUCGAAAACAUGUUUUAUCGAAAUUAAAAUGAUUAAUAGAUUGUUUUAAAUUUUAAUAGUAAUAAACCAUAUUCCAUACUAUUGAUAGCCUUACAUUUUUUCUCUUUUUUUCUGUUUCUUUUUUGUUGAAAUGGCUUUCGAUUAAAGUGAAGAUAAAGUUCAAAUUGCCAAACAAAUUUCGAUUAAACUAAUUGUUAAAUUAAGAAUUUUAUUAUUCUAAAUAAGUGUUGAGCAAGUCUUAGUAUAUUAUGCAAAACAACUUUAAGCAAAUUUGCUAAUAGCUUUAAUUUUAUUGUUAUCAAGUAUCCGAUGAAACUAAUAAAGCUGUAAACAACAUUGUCCUUUUCAUAAUUAACAAUAUAAUGAAUAAUAAGUUAAGAUGUUGAUGACCGUAUUUUUCGUAUUUGUUCUGAAUUUAAAUCUUUUUAAGUUGAUUUGUACUUAGUAGCAUAUGGAUAAAUGUCCGAUCCUUACCUUAUGUAACAUUGUAAAUGAUUUUUUUUAAUUUGGAAUAAAAAAUGAACUUAA